GCUACGCAAACAAGCAGCAUGGACGCUUUCAGUACUUGAUGAGAGCGACCGUGUGUCCAGGAGCAGGGAGAGGACUCCGGCGGACAUCAGCAUCACAAUAUGGAUAUCUACCACAAGUGAGCUGUUUUUCUCUUACUGACAGGAUACUGACAGAGGUCUGGAAUGCCGAAGGAACAGGGGCAUUUGGGGGAGUGCGCUGCACGUAGCACCUCAAAGAACGCCAAAGAUAAGAGUAACAGUGCCACACUGCGGGCGUGCCAGAGUGGCUCCCACAGGGGACAAUCCAGAAUGGGUGACAUGAGCAACUGCAUGCUGAGCUGUGACUCAGAGAAGGACUCUGAAAAAGACUCAGGAUACUCAGAGGCUGCCUCUGACUCUGUGCACACUGAUGUAGAUGACCAGCGCAGCAGUGUGAGCGAACCUCACAGGAAAAGCAGCAGAAGCUCCAGUAACAACAGUGUGAAUGCUGCUGGCUGCAAUAUGGCUCCUUAUGAGGAGCUCACCCCCAUUUAUGUCAUCAAAAACCUGGUGGUCAAGCCGUCUAGACCGGAGCAGCUACUCCAUGGCCCCUCCCUGGCUUGGGGUGGAGGUUGGCACAGCCUUACCAAUGCCAAAGCACCCACCCAGCUCUUACUAAUCCAACAGCCAACGAUGCCUGCCCCUUCCUCCUCUACCCCGACACCUUCAUCCAGUCUUGCUUCACCAAAAAGUCAAGUUAUUAAAGGAGGCAGCCGCAGCAACCAGAACCACAGCAGCAAGAACUCAUACCUGCCCAUCCUAAACUCUUACCCACGCAUUGCCCCUCACCCUAGGAAGGAGAGCCAUGAGGCCAAGAGUGCCAAAUGGGUGGAGGGGAUUAAGGAGAGUGGCAGUGAAGGCCAGAGUCAGAGCAAGAGAGUGUGCACUGAGGAAGAGAAGAGAGAGGCUGUAUCCACCACCAGCCACCUUCUGAAGCCCCAGCAACAGCAUCAGAAAGAGGGGAGAGUCGAUCCACAUUCCAAGUAUAAAGGCAGAGGAGGGCACAGCUCCUUCCCCAGCUCAUCUCAUGGCUCGCUGCUCAGCCAUGCCUCCUCUACCACCCAACACAAGUCCCACCACAGCCAACAAAACUCCAGCUCUGACAGUAUGGGCUCACCUUCCGUCUCCAGCUCCCAGACCCACUCACCACCUUCUUCUUCUGAUUCCCCCCCAUCCGUCUCUCCUUCCUCUUCAUCUCCCUUUUCCUCCAAGGCUCACAGCCCAUAUUGCCCGGCUCCAGAUAGCUCGUCGUCACGCCAUCAACGUUUCCUCAACACAGCUGAGAUCCUGAACCAGUCGGGCCUGUUGGCCAUCACAUUACGCACCAAGGAGCUGCUGAAGCAGAACACUGCCACCGAGAGAGAAAUUGCCCAGCUCCGUCAGCACACCAGUCUCCUCUGCCAGGUAGCCCAGGCGACCCAGAACAGGUGCAAUGAAGGUUCAGACAGCCUUGACAAACUCCUUCUGACCAUGACUGAGUCAGGUUCUUACCCAGACUUAGAUGUAAGUCAACUGAAAGUGCUCAGCAGCAGCAGCCAUCAGAGCAAGACUGGAAGUGAGAAAGACAAAGAGAAGGAUAACAACAUAAGAAGCACUAAGACACACAGCAACCCACCUCAGGGGCGGUCUUUACACAACAUAGAUGAUGGAACAUCGCCCCCCUCACCGCUGUUUGCUCCCUCGCCAGACACAGAAGACAGACAGCAUGGUGAAGGUUCUCUGGACCCAAUGCCCACCUCCCCCGGUGUUUCUUUUUCCAGGUCUGUCCUUGAGCAGGGAUCCAAAAAAGGAGUUAUGGCCAAGGACUUGAGUGAUCUCGCUAUGUUGCCAGAGAGCUCAACACACAAUAAUUAUCUCUUUUAGCUUCCAGGUGAAGAAGAAGAUGUGGACAUGUAACAUGUGGACCCUAGCAAUACAGGAGAGCAUGGGUUUGUUUUAAUUGCCCAAAAUGUCAGUAUAAAAGUGAAUAUGACUGUUUGAAAGGGUAGAAUGAUGAUUUUCUUAUUAAGCACACUGUUUAAAGUUGAACAUGAUUUGUAUAUUUUCAUACUUUUUAGUCAGGGAUUUGCUCAUUCUAGGUGUCCAUUUUUCAUCUGUGUGUUUCUCUUCUACAGACAAGCUUAUCAUUCAGGUCACAUUCACAGUCAGCGACGGAUGUCUUUGUUGUGUUGCUUUUAAGAAUUUGACACAAGAAAAUAUUUCACAAAGGGGCUGACAAGCUUUUAGUGGUUAUUACAGUGUUUUACAAUUGCUUUGGCACAGUUUUCACAAAGUGUCAGUGUGCAAUACUCUUAAUGCAAAGAGACUGCUAAUUACUUCACCACUGUUACCACAGUGUGUGGAGGAGAGGGAAAAAAAGUAAUUUAUCUCCUUUUGAUACUGUCAACAUGGUUUAAUUACUGCCUCUGACUAUGGUGUAAAAUUCAGAUAAUGUUAAAUGCUCUCCAGCAUUGCUGUAUUACUGUAGGUUACUGUGUUUUAGAUGUUUACAGUGAACGUACAGGUACUGUAAAUAUCACUAGGUUUGAUAUACUGAAUAAAAAACAACUUUGUGUUGGAUGCACAGCAGAAACAGUUAACAAAUGCAGUCAAGAACAGUUACAAUCAGCAUUUUAUCUUGUGUGAAUGUAGAUUUAUAAUAAAAUUAGACUCUAGUCUGCAUUGUUCUAAAUUUACAGUAACAGCAUAUUCAACAAAUACAGUCUGAAGUGUUUGUUUCUGCAUCAUCUCAAAUGCUGACCUCUGCAUAAACUGCACAUGUUGUGUCUCAUUGGUAUUUUUAUAAUCUUGAUAAACUGACCACUGCAGACUAAGUUCUUGAUGAAAAUUAGUUUAUUUUUGAUAGCAUUAUUUGACAACCAUUUUGUUCUGAAAUCAACAAUGAUUCAUUUUCAGUGUUAUACAUAAUUUGUUGUGAUACUCAGAGAAACACACUGAUGUGUGAUUUAGUUUUUUAUAGCAGAUGUUUUGUCUGUAUAUUUUCCAUGUUAUGGGAGAUUUUGAGGCCAUAUAUAGCAUUCAGAGUUUUGCACAUGGUGAAAUUUGAGCCAAAGCAAUUUAUAAUAGCAAUUUGAUGUAAUAUAGCAUAUGUGGCAGCUCAGGUUAGAUAAGACAGCACCCCCUGGCAGUGUCAACUCUUUAAGUGUACACUAGAUGGGAUCAGCUGAUUACAAAUUGAAUUCACAAAUCAGCUGCCUUUGCACAAAAAAGAACAAAAAAAAGAAAGAAUCGAAAAGAAAAUACAUGAGUCUUUUUCAUGCUAUUUUUGCCUGAGAAUUCAUGAUUUUGCCACUAGCUUAGGAUUAGUCCGAUCAGAUGUGUUCUGAUUUAAUGACUGAUGCAUGUUACAUACUGUACAUUCAAUCAUAAGUGCACAUACAGUUGUCCAUUGGACCUCCAUAUGUGGCUCUUUGAGAUUUGGCUCAACUGCAAAGCAAUGCAUUAACACAGACUGAUGGAUCUGUGGAGGCGUUCAAUGAUCAUCUGGUACAGGCAUGUGUCAAACUGCCUGACAGGACUUGGGAAGCUGACAUCAUACACUGUAGUUUUACUUCAUGGAUUACUGAAUGAAAAUUCUACUGAUGUUCAAAUAGUUGUAUGGUCUUGCUUGGCAGUGCAGUAUUGUGAAUUAUUUGCUUUUUUUCACCCUCUGUAAUAAUGUUUGUAUGCAUGAAGGUGUGUGUGUAUGUGUGUGUGUGUGUGUGUGUCAAUGAAUGUGUACAGAUCUUUGAUUAGCUUGUAAACAUGCAUUUGCUCAUAGAGAUUUUAUUAUAUAUUUAACUGAUGAUUGAUUGUAGAUGUGGGACACAUAAGUGAUAAUCAGAUAAAUGGCAAAAGAAAUGGACUCUCUUCAUAUGCGCUUAAACACUACCAUAAACAAUAAAUCUGCUCUGACUCAUGAACACUAUGUUUU